CUUAUCCACCGCCCUAUCUGAAGUUUUCUCUAAAGUCGUCAUUUGCUCUCCAUCUUGUUUGAAGUGAACCCGCUGAGGAUUUGGUUUUUGAUUAGGAGCUGAGUAGCCGAGUCUCUGAGCUUUGAGGCUUGGUCACCGGCGAUGUACGGCGGGUCAAUCGACGGAGAAGGCCACGACGCCGCCUCCGGUGGGCCUGCUAGGAAGAUCCCACCAGCCUCGUCCAUGCUAUGGGUCCGUAACCUCCGCCGCUACGUCGGAUCCGACUCUGGGCUAGGCUCCGAAGCCGUCAUGGAGCUUGAAACAAAGAGAAUUUUGCUGGAUAUUUUUAAGGAGAAGCAACAAAAGAGUGCUGAAGCUGGGACAAUUCCAAGCUUCUAUAAGAAGAAACCUGAAGAAGGAUCUGUCAGUCAUAGGGUGGAGCGCCUAGCAAAAUAUCGAUUUCUGAAGAAACAAUCUGAUAAUUUGCUAAAUGCUGAUGAUCUGGAUGCAAUGUGGGUUUGUCUACGUGAGAAUUGUGUGAUCGAUGAUGCAACUGGAGCUGAAAAGAUGAAUUAUGAAGACUUUUGCCACAUUGCUUCUGUAUGUACAGAACAAAUAGGCUCCAAGUGUCGGCGAUUUUUCAGUCCUUCAAAUUUCAUGAAGUUUGAGAAGGAUGAAUCUGGGAGAAUUGCUAUUCUGCCUUUUUACCUUUAUGUGAUGCGCACAGUAUCACUUACUCAGGCCAGGAUUGAUAUGAGUGAGCUUGAUGAGGAUUCUGAUGGCUUCCUUCAACCUCAUGAAAUGGAAGCCUAUAUACGAGGUCUUAUUCCAAAUUUGGCACAGCUCCGGGACAUGCCUGCUGCUUUUGUUCAAAUGUACUGCCGUAUAGCUGCACACAAGUUUUUCUUCUUCUGUGACCCCAAUAGACGAGGAAAGGCAUGCAUAAAGAAGGUGCUUCUUAGUAACUGUCUCCAGGAGCUAAUGGAACUACACCAGGAAAGCGAGGAAGAAGUUACUGAUACUGAACAAGCCGAAAAUUGGUUCUCAUUGACUUCUGCUCAGCGCAUUUGUGAUAUGUUCCUUGCGCUUGACAAGGACAUGAAUGGAACCUUAAGCAAACAAGAGCUUCGAGAAUAUGCGGAUGGUACAUUAACAGAUAUUUUCAUCGAGAGAGUUUUUGAUGAGCAUGUCCGACGAGGGAAGACUGGAGGUGGUAAUUCCCGGGAGAUGGAUUUUGAGAGUUUUCUUGAUUUUGUUCUGGCACUAGAGAACAAAGACACUCCAGAAGGACUAACGUAUUUGUUUCGGUGUCUUGACCUUCAUGGGAAGGGGUGUCUCACAACAGCUGAUAUUCACACAUUAUUCAGGGAUGUACAUCAGAAAUGGAUUGAGGGAGGGAAUUAUGAAUUGUGCAUUGAGGAUGUGAGGGAUGAAAUUUGGGAUAUGGUGAAGCCAGCGGACCCCUUGAGGAUAACAUUGGCUGAUCUACUAGCUUGCAAACAGGGUGGGACUGUUGCGAGCAUGCUUAUAGAUGUGCGUGGUUUCUGGGCUCAUGACAACAGAGAGAAUCUUCUUCAGGAAGAGGAAGAACCAGAAGAAGAAGGGUAAUGGGGUUGAAGACAACUUCUUCCCCAAAAAGGGAAAGCAUAAAGAUCCAGACUUUUAGCUUCGGCCAAUUGUGUGCUUUCUUGUCAGUUCUAACAAGAAUAGAGAGUGCGGCUGGUAAUUUAGUGCAUAAAUGUGGUAGUAACUUGGCUUGGUAACUGUAGAGAUACCAAAGAAACUGCUAAUUUUCCUAUGUUAUUUGAUGUUAGGUUAACAGAUGCAGCUCGUGUAGACUUGUAAAUAUGUCAGGAUGAAAGAUCUGUUUUUGUUGACCCCUCCUUUGUUUUAAGGGUCCCCAUAUCUACAAUGGUUGAUGAAUGUAUGUUUUACUUGUCAGGAGUGUUCACCUACAGUGGGUAUUGAAUUUAACUUUGACUUGUCUGAGAGACUGUUUUCAUGUAAGUGUAUAAAGUAGAAUUUAUGCGUUCUUAUUUU